AAGUAUCCAUGAAAUUCCAAUAUGGCCAAUUAUUCGUACGACUUCUGUUUUGUAAAUCAAGUUGUAUUACCUGGCGAUGUAGUUGGCAAAAAAAAUGAAAACUCGAAUAACAUUGGGAUUAUAAAGAUUGGCCCAGGACUGAGAGUUGAUCAAGACCACAUUAUUGCCUAUAAAUGUGGUGUACUAAGAGAAAAAGAUCAAGCUAUGUAUUGGAUUGAUUCUGAUCAGAAAAGGUAUGUGCCAGUAAAAGAUGAGAAAGUAGUUGGCAUUAUAACUAAUAAAGGUGGAGAGAGUUAUCAAGUAGAUAUUGGUAGUAGUAUGCCUGCAUCUUUGCCAUUUCUUGCAUUUGAAGGUGCAACUAAGAAAAAUAAACCUCAACUAAAGAUUGGAGAUGUUGUGUAUUGUCGUUUAUCAAUAGCUAACAAAGACAUGGAAGCUGAAUUGGUUUGUACAGACCUAAAUGGUAAAGCAAAUGGAAUGGGACCUUUGAAAGAUGGAUUUCUUUUUACACAUUCUUUGGGUUUAGCAAGAAAAAUGCUCAGUCCUGAGGGUCCCAUAUUGAAGGUACUUCAAAAAGUUAUUCCGUUUGAGUUUGCAGUCGGCAUCAACGGCAAGACUUGGUUGAAAUGUCAUUCGUUAGACCAUACAAUCUUUAUUGUCAAUGUGAUUGAGCAAUCAGAAUUUAUGACACUAUCGCAGAUUCACCAAAAUGUCGAAAGACUUGCCCAAGAAAUAAUGAAUGAAUAAAGGAUGUAAAAAGUUAAAACUAUUUUAGGGUGAUCGUACAUGUUAAUUAACUCAAGUGCGGUUGAUUUAAUAAACUCCUCUCUCUUGUUUUGA